AUGGAGAGACAGAGGCUUGAUGAAGGCAACAAGAAGAAGUUAGGUUCACUGGACCAGAGAAAGACUGAUGAUUGCUUCGUGAGACUUGUGGAAGAACAAAAGAAGGAAAAAGAAGAGACUUUGAACAAGAUCCAUCAGCUUGAGAAGGAGUUAGACUGCAAGGACAAACUUGAAAUGGAAACUCAGGAGCUGAAAGGAAAGCUGCAAGUCAUGAAUGAAGAGUUGGAGGAGAAGUGUUUUGAGUUAGAAAAUCUAGAGUGUAUUGAAUGGGCCCUCGUAAUAAAAGAACGCCAAAGCAAUGCUGAGUUACAAGACGCCCGGGAAGCAUUGAUCAAGGAAUUGAGAGAACUGGUGAGUGAUCGAACCAGCAUCACAAUAAAGAAGAUGGGAGAGCUUGAUGAGGAGCCGUUCAUAAAAGCAUGCAAAGAGAGAUUCACUGGGGAAGAAGCUGAUGUGCAACACGCCAUGCUUUUCUCGAAAUGGCAGGAAAACCUCAAGGUUGCAGCAUGGCACCCAUUCAAACGAGUAGGGACAGGAGACCAAAUGCAGGAAGUGGUUUAUGAAGAAGAUAAGCAACUUAAGAGUCUGAGAGAAGAGUGGGGAGAAAAUGUGAAGAACGCGGUUAAGACAGCACUCGAGGAGCUGAAUGAGUUUAAUGCAAGUGGUCGGUAUCCUGUCCCGCAACUGUGGAAUCUCAAAGAAAAAAGAAGAGCCACACUGAAAGAAGUGGUUGAGUACAUGACGCUGCAGAUCAAAAAUCUCACACACUAA